AUGUCUGUACCCGAGAAAUUACCCAAGAUUGGCUCCAGCGACCAUUACUGCUUUGUUGUCAGGCAGGAAUUGCCUCGAGCAAAACCACCGCCCAAAGAGACUAUCUUUAGACGAGACACCCGUGAUAGUCGAAUUCGAGAAUUUGGCCAGUGGAUAACCUCGUUUUCAUGGCAAGAGGUGAUCUCGAAAGGUUUGUGUCAAGAAAAAUCUGAAUGUUUCCAUCGUAUUCUUUUAGGAGCUGUUGAAAAAUAUUUACCUAUGAAGGCAGUACGUAAAUGCCGCUCCGACAAGCCUUGGAUGACAAGCAAGAUAAAAUCAUUGAUUAGGAAAAGGCAAACAUGUAUGGCAAAAUAUGGGAAGGAGUCUUCUUCCUUCAAAUUUUGGAGAAAUAAAGUUGCUCAAUCCAUCAAAGAAUGUAAGGAAUCGUAUUAUAAGUCUAAAGUUAGAAACCUAAAAGUCACGGACGCAAGCAAAUGGUGGAGAGAGGUUAAAAAUCUUUCUGGUAUGGCUGACAGAAAUAACCAAUGGUUUGAGCACCUCAUUGAUGGUGAAACUGUAGAUUCCGUUAAUACGUUAUGCGAAAGAAUCAAUCAUUUCUUUGUAAAUCUCACAAAAGAUUUUACGCCUCUCUCACAGGACGAUGUUUCUAACUAUUCUGCUGGUGAUUCUGGUAUUGCGGGUGAUCUCUUGGUUUCAACUGGCGAAGUUUAUAAAUCCCUUUGUUCUUUAAAGACAGGGAAAGCCCCGGGACCGGAUGGAAUCCCGAAUGUAAUUCUAAAAACGUUUGCCUUUGAGUUAGCGCCAGUAAUAGCUGAUAUUUAUAACUCAUCCUUACGUGAUGCCUAUUUGCCUCCUCUAUUAAAGAGAGCAACUCUUACACCUCUUCCCAAACAAUCUCCACCGGGCUCCAUUGAAAAUGGUAUCAGACCCAUCUCACUCACUUGCGAAAUUGCUAAAGUGAUGGAAGGUCUCACCUUAGCGAGAAUCAUGCCAUCCAUUGUAAGUCACUUGGAUAACAAACAAUUUGCUAUGGCUGGAAAAUCUACGCAACAGGCUAUAGUAUAUAUUCUACAUCUAGCCCUCGAGGCCCUUGACAAGGGUGGUUGCACCCCCCGAUUUUUCUUUGCUGAUUUCCGCAAGGGUUUUGAUCUGAUUGACUCCAAGAUUCUACUUGAUAAACUAUCUAAACUUGGCAAUCAUAACGUUGUGUUAGGAUGGAUUGCUGCCUUUUUAUAUAAAAGGUCUCAGUUCGUUCGUAUUGCAUGGGUCGGAUGCAUCUACACUUUAAUAUAUCAAUGGUGGUAUUCCACAAGGUACUAA